AUGUCUCGCCUUAUCGAAGCGGUCAGUUUUGCUCUCAUUAUCAUCGCUGUAAUGACCAUACGGAAAAUACUUGCUCUGCUCCUAUUUUGCCUAUUGAUCCGCACUUCAACGUUUGAAGUAAUCGACUUGGGAGGCCAAUGGAUUUAUUACUCAACUAACAAAAGUGUUCAUGGUCAAGGUCUUGUUCCCGGUGAUAUCUAUUCUGAUUUACAUCGUUCGGGAGUAAUUCCGGACCCUUUGUUUGCUGACAACCAUCUGCAUUUGUCAUGGAUUGCCGCAGAUAACUGGACGUAUGCCAAAUCAUUUUGUGUCGACCAAUCAAUACUUGAGUACAAAAGGACACUUUUGAUCUUGAGAGGAGUUGACACCAUAUCGACAGUGGUUUUGAAUGGUGACACAUUGUUGAAUACGACUAAUCAAUUUGUGACAUAUUCCGCCGACUUGUUUGGAAUCCUCAAAAAAUGUAACACCAUUGAAAUACGAUUUACUUCACCUGUGUUGUACGCCAAACAGAAAUCGUCUGAAUAUCAUAAGAAUCGCGGUCAUCUUGUUCCACCUGUUUGCCCUCCACCCACGUACCACGGUGAAUGUCAUCCCAAUUUUAUCAGGAAGGCUCAGUACAGCUUCAGCUGGGAUUGGGGACCUGCUAUACCAACUGUGGGGAUAUCGAAGGAUAUCCAGAUUGUUGCUUUCAAUGAUUAUUUCAUGGAUGACUUCACAUGGAUCACUGAAAGGACCGAAGGUAUGAACAUCUUGCGAGUCUGGGGUGGUGGUGUUUACGAGUCGGAAGAGUUCUAUACCUAUGCUGAUUCUAAAGGAAUCUUACUGUGGCAGAUAUGGAGAAUAAAGCGCCAUCCAUCAAUUCUGCUGUGGGCUGGAAACAACGAAAACGAAAUAGCCAUUAGAUCACAUUGGUGGACUGUCGAAAAUUACACAGAAGUGGAUCAAGUCAAGGAUUACCUAAGUCUUUAUAGCGGAGUAGUAAAACCUCUGGUUGAAGAUGCUGAUCCAUCACGAACUUUUCUUCUGUCAAGUCCGAGUAACGGGCAGAAAACUGAGGAAAGUACUAUGUUAAAGCAUAUCGACGAUUCUGAGUGGUUCUAUUCAUCAAAGCAGCUUGUACAUCGGCAACACAAACCGGCUGCUAUAUUGACCAAUCUGAUGAUGGUGUUCAGUCAUUUUCCCCGGUCUGAAAAUAUUUCGAAGGCCGUUGCGUGA